GCUCGCGAUAUGGCUGUGGCCGGCAGCGACGAUGCUCCAAGUCCAGCCACCAGAGGCCAUGGCGGCACCGUGCGCCUCCUCGGCUACGGACCCCGGACGCCCACGCCGCAACUCACCGAGCGCCUCCUCGACGACAAGCCGCAGCAGCGACCGCACUGCUGCGUCGAGGAGGAGCUCCCCUCCUUCUGGCGCUGGAAGCCGAGCGACCGCGGCCACGUGGACUGGGCCUCCGUCCGCCGGACGUGCAAGGAGUGGAUCAAGAACCCCAUGAACGUGGCGCUGCUCCUGUGGCUGCUCUGCGUCGGCGUCUCCGGCGGCAUGCUCGUGCUCCUCCUCCUCGGCCUGCUCGACAGCGCGUUCCAGGGGACGGCCGACAGGAACCGCUGGAUCGAGAUCAACAACCAGGUCCUCAACGCGCUCUUCACGCUCAUGAGCCUGUACCAGCACCCUGCCCUCUGCCACCACCUCUUCCUGCUCUGCCGCUGGCGCCCGGCCGACGCCGCCGAGCUCCGCGCCGCCUACUGCAAGGAGGGCGCCGCCGCCGCGCCGCGCCACGGGGACCGCGCGCACGUGGCCGUCGUCGUCGCGCUGCUGCACCUCACCGUGCUGUGCCAGUACGUGCUGUGCGGCCUCUACUGGGGCUACACCAGGACCACGCGCCCGGAGCUCGCCGAGGACGGCUUCUUCGCGCUGGGCAUCCUAGCGCCGGUCGCCGCCGCGGUGUACACCGUGUGCAGCCCGUUGGGUAAAGGCGACCGGUGCCACGACCUCGCCUCCUGCUCCGUUCCAGCCUCGACAAAGGCGCAGCCCACGCCCACUGGGCACGUCGUGCUGGAGCCGGACUGGGCCGGCGGCAUGCUCGACUGCGGCGGCGGCGACGCGGCGGCCGGGUGCCUCUCCCUGUCGUGCACGUUCUGCGUCUUCGGGUGGAACAUGGAGAGGCUGGGCCUGGGCAACGCGUACGUGCACGCCGUCACGUUCGCGCUCCUGUGCUUCGCGCCGCUCUGGGUGCUGGGCGUCUCGGCGCUGCACAUCCACAGCCACGUCGUCGGCGACGCCGUGGGCGGCGCCGGCGUGCUACUCUGCGCGUGCGGCCUGCUGUACGGCGGCUACUGGCGGAUACAGAUGCGGAGGAGGUUCGGGCUCCCAGGGACCACGGCGUGCUGCGGCUCCAAGUCGCUGACGGACUACGCGCGGUGGCUCUUCUGCUGGCCCUGCGCGCUGGCGCAGGAGGUCCGCACGGCGAGCAUGUACCACGUCGACGGCGAGGUCUUCUACUCGAAGACCGUUGACCACGACGAUCUCCACGCCGACAGCGGGAAGCGGUGGCUCGCGGUGUCCAAGCAUCGUGACGUUUUUAGUGCAGCGGACACGGUUGCAGUGUCACAGCAGUCGGCGGCAAGUGGUCAUCGUCUGGUUGUCAUUCAUGACGAAACGACCAUCAUGGCUCCACCUGUUCAGGUCGUGGUUGUGCAGGUGGAAGACAAGUGCAGUGUUGUUCGUCACGGGGAGACGAGCGGUUCUUCUUCUUCUAUUUCGACAUCGGCGAGCGAGGAAGAGGACGUGUCCUUUUUGGAGUCGAACCGAGAAAUGCUGGAAGAUGAUGCUGAUCGUAGUACGUCGUCUGAUGGGAGCUGGAGAGUGGAGAAAGUGAAGAGACUGAUCAAUAUGGUCACCCUGGUGUCUCUGCUCAUUCUUUUGUACACAAGGGGAAUUAUUCUGUAGAGAAGCAGUGGAAUUAAGGAUGUGUUGUUCUAGAUGCUAUUUCUCCACUUCUGUUGCUGAAAACAGGAUCACAGUGUAGGUUUUGUAUAGGGAACUAGUGAAGCACCAUGCAAUUUUUGAAAGUAAACUCAUUCUUAUAC